AUGGCAAACGAUCCUCUCACAACCAACCGUUUAAGUCUUCAAGACCAGGUCGAGAGUAAUGGUACUAGCGUUCCUACGGUCGCAACUACAAAUAAUGGUAUCACCACUGCCACUUCCUCUUCCUCUUCAACUCCUACAGUUAAUUCACAUUCACUUUUUGAACAUAAAGCCCCAUUUAUGACUUCAACUGAUGAUGUUACUAUCGAAAAUAACAGUAAAGUUGAAGAAGAACACAGAGAGGACUCCAAUGAUGAAGAUAAUGGAGAUUUAUCAAACUCUCAACUUACCCUAAGAGCUUUGGUUUCUACAAAAGAAGCAGGAGUAAUUAUUGGUAAGGCCGGUAAAAAUGUCGCCGAGUUGAGAGAGAUUACAGGUGUUAAAGCUGGUGUAUCUAAAGUAGUGCAAGGGGUUCAGGAGAGAGUUUUAUCUGUCGCAGGUACCCUUAAUGGUGUAGCCAAGGCAUAUUCUUUGAUCGCACAAACCCUUCUUGAGAAUCCAGUGAACGUAAGCCCUAAUUCCACUCCAAUAACCCCUUCACCGAAUGCAUUUACUUCCGUUCGUUUGCUUAUUUCUCAUAAUUUGAUGGGAACUAUCAUUGGUCGUCAAGGACUUAAAAUCAAACAUAUUCAAGAUGUUUCCGGGGCUAGGAUGGUUGCUUCAAAGGAAAUGCUUCAUCAGAGUACCGAAAGAGUUGUGGAAGUUCAGGGAACUGUCGAGGCCAUUCGUGUCGCAGUUUGGGAAAUUGGCAAGUGUCUUAUCGAAGAUAACGAACGUGGUAUUGGGACAGUCCUAUAUAACCCUGCCAUUCGAGUAACUUCUUCAAGUUAUUCUACUACCCGACGCAAUGAUUAUACUACCCGUACCGGCAAUGGGACUGAUUUCACUCGUCCUUCCCGUGAUUACCAUAAUAAUCGCCGUCAAUCUAACAAUAUUAACAAUUAUGAUAGUAGCAGCAUUCAAACUCAAAAUAUUUCUAUUCCUGCUGAUAUGGUUGGAUGUAUUAUUGGUAAAGGCGGGUCAAAAAUUUCUGAAAUUCGCAGACUUUCGGGUUCUCGCAUUAGCAUCGCAAAGACGCCGCAUGACGAAACUGGCGAGCGGAUGUUUACAAUUCAAGGAACUCCCGAAUCCAAUGAGAAAGCUCUUUACUUAUUGUAUAAUCAGCUAGAAAAUGAAAAGGAUCGUCGUUUGGCAACUACAAAUGGAGAUUCAGAUUAA